GGCGAAGGAGAAAAAAAAGCAACGCGCCCCCGUUAUAAAGGCCCCCAAACAGCCACACUGUUUCUUCCUCCCUCUGCUCCGCUCAAGAAAAAUCCUCUCCCGCUGGCCGCGCCCAAUUCCCGGGUUCUUGCAGCAAUGGCGGCUUCUUGGAGGGCUGUGGCGCUGGCAAUGGCGACCGUCGGCUGGGUUCUUGGCGUUGGCUGUGUGUGGGGGUUUCCGGUGGAGGAUUUGGUGACGAGGCUGCCGGGGCAGCCGCUGGUGGGGUUCAGGCAGUUCGCCGGGUACGUGGACGUGGACGUUAAGGCAGGGAGAAGCCUCUUCUACUACUUCACCGAGGCACAGGAGGACGCCGCCACCAAGCCGCUCACGCUCUGGCUCAAUGGAGGUCCCGGCUGUUCUUCAGUUGGAGGUGGCGCUUUCACGGAGCUAGGUCCAUUUUAUCCGAGAGGGGAUGGCAGAGGCCUCAGAUUGAACAAGAAGUCAUGGAACAAAGUGUCCAACCUUCUGUUUGUCGAAUCACCGGCUGGAGUUGGAUGGUCCUACUCAAACACUUCAUCAGACUACAAAACUGGAGAUCAGCGGACUGCUGAUGACAUGUACAAAUUUUUGCUGGGAUGGUACAAGAAGUUUCCUGAGUACAGAUCAAUAGGCCUAUUUCUUACUGGAGAGAGCUAUGCAGGGCAUUACAUACCACAACUUACUGAUGUACUUCUCACCCAUAACGAGAAAUCGAAGGGCUUCAAGUUCAACAUCAAGGGAGUUGCUAUCGGGAAUCCACUUCUCAAACUUGAUAGGGAUGUCCCUGCAACCUACGAGUACUUCUGGUCUCAUGGCAUGAUCUCUGAUGAAAUAUUUCUAGAGAUCAGCCACAGUUGUGAUUUCGAGGAUUACACCUUCAAUAACCCCCACAAUGAGAGCAAGUCAUGCAACGACGCCAUUGUGGAAGCAAAUAGUAUAGUUGGGGACUAUGUCAACAACUACGAUGUUAUUCUCGAUGUCUGCUACCCGUCAAUUGUGAUGCAGGAGCUACGGUUGCGAAAAUAUGCAACAAAAAUCAGUGUGGGAGUGGAUGUUUGCAUGACCUACGAAAGGUUUUUCUAUUUCAAUCUUCCAGAAGUGCAGCAUGCUCUGCAUGCUAAUAGGACACAUUUGCCGUACCGCUGGAGCAUGUGCAGUGAUGUGCUGAACUACAGCGAUACGGAUGGCAACAUCAACAUCUUGCCUAUACUUCAAAGAAUUGUGGAGCACAAAAUACCACUUUGGGUAUUCAGCGGUGAUCAAGACUCUGUUGUGCCCCUCCUGGGCAGCCGAACCCUUGUGCGAGAGCUAGCUCACACCAUGGGGCUGCACGUCACAGUCCCAUACAGUACUUGGUUCCGCAAAGGCCAGGUUGGAGGCUGGGUGACACAGUAUGGCAACUUUCUGACCUUUGCAACAGUGCGGGGCGCAUCUCACAUGGUGCCAUUUGCGCAGCCAGACCGGGCUCUUGGGCUAUUUCGAUCAAUUGUACUUGGGCAGAGACUCCCAAACACAACCAAUCCAUCCAUUGACUAAGUAUGCCUACAAAAGAAGCUGAAGAUAGACACAAGUAGCUUAGGUUUUCUCAAGUCUUGCUACAGUAAAUAAGUUCAUAAGGAUGUGUUGGAUGAUCAAUACGUUCUUUAUUCUUUAGAAAGAGCAGAAAAUAAUACUUCUGAGUGUUAUGUUUAUGUCUUUACACAGAUCAUCAAAUUGUGUUCCUGGAAGUCUGGAACACAGUAAUUGUGUAAGCAACUACGUCACUGUAGUUAGUGCGGUACUGUGCAAUUUAGCACUGCAACUACGUCAAAAUAGUUCAGGAGUUACUUUUGUAAGCUCAACAGCAUUUCUCUAGUCCAAACGAUGGCUAAGGGUCAUUCA